AUAAAACGGGUUUUAAAGAUCCGACUCCUCUUCCUCCCUCCCAAACCCUACGCCCUCCCACUCUCUUCUUCCUCCUCAUCACGCGUCGCCGCCUGCUCCCGCCUGCUCCGCCGCUGCUCUGCCGCCUGCUCGGUUGCUGCUCGGCCGCUUAGUUUAUCAAGUUGAAGAGAAGGAGAAGAAAAUGGUGUGCAUUCGACAGGCAACCGUAAAUGAUCUGCUAGCAAUGCAGGCAUGCAACCUGCUAUGCCUACCGGAGAACUACCAGAUGAAGUACUACCUUUAUCACAUCCUCUCCUGGCCUCAGCUCCUCUUUGUUGCAGAGGACUAUGAUGGACGCAUUGUCGGAUACGUCCUCGCCAAGAUGGAGGAGGAUGCUUCGGAGCCUUGCCACGGCCACAUCACCUCUCUCGCUGUUCUUCGCACCCACCGUAAGCUUGGUCUUGCCACCAAGCUCAUGACUGCUGCCCAGAAUGCCAUGGAGUCUGUUUUUGGGGCUGAGUAUGUGUCUCUUCAUGUCCGUCGCAGCAACCGUGCUGCCUUCACUCUCUACACCUCCAGCCUCAGUUAUCGCAUCCAUGAUGUGGAGGCCAAGUACUAUGCUGAUGGGGAGGAUGCCUAUGACAUGAGAAAACAGCUGAAGGGGCGUCCGCAUGGCCAUAGCCACAGCCAUGGCCACCAUCACCACCACCAUGGAGGCUGCUGCUCAGGGGAGUCUAAGGCUGCAUCUUUUGUAGAUGUCAGUGUAGCAGUUGAUCCAGCUGCUGGCGCAUCUGGCUCCAAUUCAUUAGCUUCAGUUCCAGCUUCAGCUGCUGGGGAGUGAGAAACUUGUGUUUUAGGUACACUUGGUGACUUGGAUGCUUUUUCAUGUGUGUUUUCCAGUUUCUUUUUUGUCUGAGAUUCAUCGUUUAGAAUGCUUAAACACUAUUGGUCAUGCUUUUUGUUUGUGUUGAAUAUUUAAGUACUGAUCUUAUAAUUGUGCUAACUUACAUUCUCUGUU